AUGGUAUCAAGAUGCAUAUUCUGUAGGAAGGAAGAGGAAACAAGAGAUCAUAUCUUUUGGUACUGUAAUUACAUUGAGAUCAUCUGGAGUUGGCUUGGUGGAAUCUUCAAUUUCAUAAAUCCAAGAUCAUUUGAAGAUGUUCUACAACUUGCUAAUAACAAAAGUCCUGCUAUCAAAGAAUUAUGGAGAUUGGCAGCUUUCAUAACAAUGAAGGAGCUCUGGUUCCUGAGAAAUGAAUGUAUUUUUGAUAAAGGAAAAUAUGAUCUGAAUGUCACUAAGAAUAAGAUACUGCAAGUAAUAUCAGACAGUGAUAUAAGAAUGAAAGCAAAUAUGUGGAACAGUCAAUAUGAUUUACAGGUGCUCAAAAAAUUUGGAUUGAAGACAAGGAGGGUGAAGAAUAUGAAAAUAAAAGAAGUUUUCUUCCAACUACCUGAACAGGGGAAAAUAUUGCUAUGCUGUGAUGGAGCUUCUAGAGGAAACCCAGGUAUGGCUGGUUAUGGUGUAGUGGGGAGAAAUUGCACAAGUGAAUUUGUGAUUGCAAUUUCAGGUGGUCUGGGGAUAUCUACCAAUUACUAUGCAGAGGUUUUUGCAAUAUUAAUUGCAGGGGAGUGGGCAAUACAUAAUGGGUUCCAUGAUCUUGUCUUCAGAACAAAUUAUAAAACAGUUAUCAAUGCAUUUCAAAGUCAGCAAACUACCUUGGUUUGCAUCUACAAGAUGGGGAAAGAUUUGUGCAGAAGUGUGUUCUUGGAGCUUUACUCAUAG